AUGGACAUUUUGAGUUUGUUAAAAAAGAAGAUAAUUGAGGAUGUCUUCAAGGUCCACCCGGAUGCCGAGUGGAGUGUUCUUGUGUACGACAGCUAUGCAGCGAGCAUUCUGAAGAAUUUCUUCGUGAAGUCUGAGUUUAUCAACCACAACAUAGUGAUUUCGCAGAGGAUUGAGGAGAAGAGAGAGCCUGUGGACUUUCCUGUGAUAUACUUUGUGAAGGGAGAGGAUGAUGUCGUGAAGAUGAUAAACAAAGACUUUGAAGGCAGGUUGUAUCCUACAUAUACAGCCUGUGUACUGGAAGAGUGUGAAGGUCUGCAGCCCCUGAUCAAGGUUCUGAGGGUAGAUGUAGACUUUAUUCCUUUUGAGCAGAAGGUUUUUAGGGCGAUGCCGAAGCAGCUGUAUUCCGUGGCCAAGACCUUGAACACAAUGUUUAAUGUGAGCUACACAGGGUCCACGUGCCGGAGCCUUGGAGAAAUGGCUGAGAAGAUGAUGGGGGAUGAGGAAAGGAAAGGAGAGCUUAUUAUACUGGAUAGGAGCAUUGACCUCUUUACGCCGCUUCUCCACUUUUUCACGUUCAGGACACUGCUUGAGGAUCUUGAGAUCGAGAAUAUGGAAGUGUUUGAGAAGGAGUAUAUGGGGGACAGGGUGUGGGAGAGUGUCAAGAAUGUGCAUCUUGGAGAGGUGAAUUCGAUUUUGAGAAAUCAGGCGCAGAUGCUGUCGAAGGUGGCGCAGAGGCUGGACACGAAGGUUGACAACAAGGACUUGAUGAAGAUGGUGCUUGAAGCCCCAGCGGCAGCAAAAACCAAGGAGAGCCUGGGCAAGAUUCUUGGACUGGCGCAGAAGUGCUACGACAGGUUUGAUUAUCUCUCUAGGUUUAACGAAAUUGAGCAGCUGCUUGCAACAGGGUACGACAAGUCUGGAAACAAAUGGAAGAUGAAGAUUGAUGAUGUGUUUGAGUAUUUCAGGAGCAGCAGAAUUGAGAGGUCUGACAAGGUUAGGAUUCUGCUACUGCUUAAAGCAAAUGGGUAUCAGCUACAGGAGACUGAGAUGGACCUUCUUAGGGGCAUGGGGUUUAGAGACGAGGAGAUUAGAAUUACCUUUGACAACCAUGAGAACUUUGUACCUCUCCGGGGGACAGGAGACUACAAGUACGAGGUUAGUCGAUAUGAGCCUGUGCUGAGCAAUGUUCUGAGAAGCUUUAUUGGGAAGCAAAAGGGGCAUUUCCAAAUAAAUAGAUUGACAAGCAGCAGAACGCCCUUAAAGUCUUUAAGAAAGAGCCAUCUUCUGUCGGUGAAGAAGGAUAUUUCUUGUCAGAAGCUAUACUGCGUCUAUAUAGCUGGUGGAGUGACUUUUGAAGAGAUCAGGGUUGCAUAUGAAGUUGGUGAGAGCCUUGGGGUGGAGAUUGUGGUGGGCUCUGAUAAGAUCAUAACGCCCAGGUCUUAUGUGGAGUAUCUGAAGGCCAGAUGUACCUAG